AUGGCGCGGGAGGGCGAAGACGCCGGGAUGGCCAAAGCUUCAAAAGUCAAAAGGCAGAGAAAGAAGAAGACCAAGGAGAACAAAACCAGGAUUGUCCACGCAAACAUACUGUAUGACUACGCCAAAGGGGAGGAAAACCCAAACCGACACUAUGCAAACAACAAGAUUAAGACGACCAAGUACACUCUGCUGUCUUUCCUGCCAAAGAAUCUUUUUGAGCAGUUUCAUAGGUUUGCCAAUGUUUACUUUGUUUUCAUCGCUUUGCUGAAUUUUGUCCCAGUUGUCAAUGCUUUUCAACCGGAACUGGCUCUGGCCCCUGUAGUUUUUAUUCUGUCUGUCACUGCCAUCAAAGACCUAUGGGAGGACUACAGGAGGCACAGGUCGGAUAAAGAAAUCAAUCACAUGGACUGUCUGGUCUACAGCAGAGCGGAGAGACGCUAUGUGGAGAAGUACUGGAAGGAGGUGCGAGUGGGAGACUUCAUCAGGCUGCGAUGCAACGAGAUUCUCCCCGCCGACGUCCUGCUGCUGAGCUCCAGUGACCCGGACCGCCUGUGCCACAUCGAGACCGCCACACUGGACGGAGAGACCAACCUCAAGCAGAGGCAGGUCGUCCGCAGCUUCUUUGACCUGGAUUGUGAGUUCGACCCCUUGAAGUACAACAGCGUAAUUGAAUGUGAAAAGCCCAACAACGACCUGAACAGAUUCCGAGGCUACAUAAUCCAUCGAAGCGGCAGAAGAGAUGCACUUUACAAAGAGAACCUGCUGCUGCGAGGCUGCACCAUCCGCAACACGGAGGAGGCUGUGGGAAUAGUCAUUUACGCAGGUCACGAGACCAAAGCCAUGCUGAACAACAACGGCCCGCGCUACAAGCGCAGUAAACUGGAGAGACAGAUGAAUGUAGACGUGUUCUGGUGUGUCAUCAUCCUGCUGGUCAUGUGCCUGUUUGCUGCUGUGGGUCAUGGGCUGUGGAUGUUUCAGUACAGAGAUAAGAGGCCUGUGUUUGACGUUCUCAGUCCAGAGGGGACGGACUUAUCCCCCAUCAUGUCGGCCAUUUAUCUCUUCCUCACCAUGAUCAUCGUCUUUCAGGUGCUGAUACCCAUCUCCCUCUUUGUGGCGAUUGAGAUUGUCAAGAUCUGCCAAGUGUACUUCAUCCAUCAGGACCUGGAUCUGUACGACGAGGAGACAGACACUCACCUGCAGUGCAGAGCUCUUAAUAUCACUGAGGAUCUCGGCCAGAUGCAAUACAUCUUCUCUGACAAGACGGGCACGCUGACGGAGAACAAGAUGGUGUUUCGCCGCUGCACUGUGGCAGGGGUGGAGUACUCCCACGAUGCCAAUGCUAGAAGACUUGCUAUGUACCAGGAGAUGGAUUCAGAGGAAGAGGAGUGUACAUCUCACGGUGGCACCCUGCCCAGGCGGGACAGCGUGUCCAGCCACCAGAGCGCCCCGGUGGUGCUGCGCUCCCAGAGCACCAAGUCCCACCGCAGGACGGGAAGCAGGGCGGAGGCCAAGCGUGCCAGCAUCCUGUCCAAGCACACGGCCUUCAGCAGCCCCAUGGAGAAAGAUAUCACCCCCGACCCUCAGCUCCUGGACAAGGUCAAUGAAUGCAGCAGUCAGAUGGACUUCAUGCGCUUCCACAGCCAGCCCAUGUCCCAGCUGCCCUCUGACCUCUCCGACAUCAUCGAUUUCUUCAUCGCUCUCACCAUCUGCAACACGGUGGUGGUGUCUUCCCCCAACCAGCCCAGACAGAAGGUCCGGAUGAGGUUUGAGCUGAAGUCCCCGGUGAAGACCAUCGAGGACUUCAUCAAACGCUUCACCCCGAGCCGACUGACCUCAGGCUCCAACAGCAGCAGCUCCUCCAGCCUCAUCACGAACCGCUCCUCCAACAGAGGGUGCUCCAGCAUGCUGUCCUCCCCCUCUGCAGAGAGCACGCUCACCAAGCUGGACGAGGAGCAGCCUCCCAGAGACCUGGACCACGCCUUCAGCCCCGUCCUGCCCUGCUACGACGGGAAGGCGCGGGGCCCAGAGGAGAGCGAGCUGCGCUAUGAGGCGGAGUCGCCCGACGAGGCUGCGCUGGUCUACGCUGCCAGGGCCUACAAAUGCUCCCUCGUCGGACGCCUCCCUGACCAGGUGACUGUGGAACUGCCGCACCUGGGGAAGCUGAGCUUUGAGCUGCUGCACACGCUGGGCUUCGACUCCACCAGGAAACGCAUGUCCGUGGUGGUCAGACAUCCGCUGACGGAUCAGAUCACUGUGUACACUAAAGGUGCGGACUCUGUCAUCAUGGACCUCAUCACACCUCCCAACACAGGUAACUCCAAAGGGAAACGCCAGAAAAAGAUCAUCUACAGGACCCAGAACUACCUGAACCUGUACGCUGCAGAUGGCCUUCGCACGCUGUGCAUUGCAAAAAAGACCCUGAGCAAGGAUGAGUAUGCCUGCUGGCUGCAGCGUCACCUGGAGGCUGAAACGGCCAUUCAGGGAAGAGAGGAGCUGCUCUUCGAGUCGGCCCUGCGACUGGAAACAAACCUCCAGCUUUUAGGAGCGACGGGCAUUGAGGACCGUCUGCAGGACGGCGUGCCUGAAACUAUAGCGUCUCUGAGGAAGGCCGGCCUGCAGAUAUGGGUGCUGACGGGUGACAAACAAGAAACGGCCGUAAAUAUAGCGUAUGCCUGCAAGCUGCUGGACCCCGAGGAGGAGAUCCUGACGCUGAAUGCUGAUUCUCAGGAGGCAUGUGCGUUGUUGCUGGAGGAGAGUUUACACUACAUCCAGGCCAAAUUCCUCUGCAGCUCUACAGACCAAACCGCCAAGGCCUUCCACGCUAACUUUCCACCCUUUGAGAUCUAUCCCGCUUCAUCUCCGUCCUCCUCCUCAUCCUCCCACACCGUUCCCUUCAUGGUGCACCGGCUGGGCCUGGUAAUUGAUGGGAGGACCUUGGCUUACGCCCUGGAUAAGAGUUUGGAGGAUAAGUUUCUGGCAGUAGCGCGGAGCUGUCGCUCAGUGCUCUGCUGCCGCUCCACGCCGCUGCAGAAGAGCAUGGUGGUCAAACUGGUGCGGAACAAGCUGAAGGUCAUGACUCUGGCCAUAGGUGAUGGCGCCAAUGACGUCAGCAUGAUCCAGGUAGCGGACGUGGGCGUGGGGAUCUCGGGACAGGAGGGCAUGCAGGCAGUGAUGGCGAGCGACUUCGCUCUCCCACGUUUCCGGUAUCUCCAGAAGCUUCUGCUGGUCCACGGACACUGGUGCUACUCCAGACUGGCUAACAUGAUCCUCUAUUUCUUCUACAAAAACGCUAUGUUUGUAGCGCUCAUCUUCUGGUAUCAGUUCUACUGUGGGUUCUCAGGUUCAGCCAUGAUUGACCAGUGGUAUCUCAUCUUCUUCAACAUGAUGUUCUCUGCCUUCCCACAACUCAUCACUGGCACUCUGGACAAAGACGUGUCAGCGGAGACUCUCCAGCAACUACCUCAGCUCUACAUGACCGGCCAGAACUCCGAGGAAUAUAAGCCAUAUAUGUUCUGGAUGAACAUGAUCGAUGCCUUCUACCAGAGUCUGGUCUGCUUCUUCAUUCCUUACUUCGCCUACGCUGACUCUGAUGUGGAUCUGUUUACAUGGGGAACUCCCAUCACCACCCUCGCUUUAUUCACCAUUCUGCUGCACUUGGGCAUUGAGACCAAAACCUGGACCUGGAUGAACUGGCUGUCUAUCUCCUUCAGUAUAGCCUUGUUCUUCACCGUGGCUCUGUGCUACAACACCUCCUGUCCCACCUGCUACCCCCCCUCUAACCCCUACUGGACCAUGCAGAGGCUGCUGCAGGACCCCCUCUUCUACCUGCUCUGUGUCAUCACACCUGUGGCGGCGCUGCUGCCUCGAUAUUUCUACAGGGCGUGUCAAGGCACGCUGUUUCCCAGUCCGGUCCAAGUUGGAAGUCAGUUGGAUAAACUCCCCGCUGAAACCCGCAAGAACAUCCUCAGCCUGAGCAGGGUCAAGGUGGGGUCACCGCUCAGCCCCAAGCCUCCCUUCCUGUCCCUCAAUAAGCCCUCCCCUAAAGGUUGCAAUAAAAAGGACCAGAGGAGCUUCCCCAGCUCCACGGCAUCACAUGCCAAGAAAGGGCCCAUCUCACAAGCAGAUGAAGAGACGGGUCGGAGGAGCCCGCUGGGGCCCACAGACAGUGACAAGGGCCUUUCAGGUCUCUACACAAUAGUUCCUACAGAAAUAGACACUCUUCCUUACACCAAAGACGCUCCUCCGCUCUCCGGGGAGCAGCUGCCUCCUUCCACCAAAGACUCCGAGUUUCUCGAUAAGACUUCAGAGCCGUCGGAUCAGAGUCUGUCCAGCUGGAUCACCUCCACGCCUCUGCUCACACAGACAGACAGCGUCCAGCUGACUCUGCCCCCUGACGGAGACUCGCAGUGCGUCAAAUACAUGAGGAACUCAGAGGAAAGACUCAAGUCUGACCACGCCGUUCAUCCAGCACACAGGACAGAGCAGGUGGCAGACCAGUCGCUGCACACCACCUUGUGA